AUGUCUACCGUGGACAUGUACGUCGAUGGGUCCGUCGCCUCCAUGUGUGCCACGGUCAUCUCCAAUCCCUUCGACGUGAUGCGAACGCGCAUGCAGCUGCAGGGUGAGCUGUGCAGGCGUGGUGAGUACAAGGUUCUGUACAACAACCUGGCGCAGGGAAUGGUGCGUGUGGCUCGCGAAGAGGGCUUGCGUGCACUGCAGAAGGGCCUCGCCUCGUCCGUGAUGUGGCAGGUGAUGCAGAACGGUAUCCGAAUCGGAUUGUAUCCUGCUGUGCGUGCCGAGGUGAGCUAUGCGUGCGGGUCGGAUGCCAUCUACGUCUCGGUGCUCGCGGGUGCCUUGUGCGGCCUCAUGGGCAGCUAUUUCUCCUCACCGUUCCAGCUAGUGAAGACGCGCCUGCAAUCGCAGCGCAGCACGGUUGUGACGACGCGUUGCGAUGCGCUGUCGAAGGCGACGACUGGGGAGCAGUAUGACUACACUGGCGUGCGUGAUGCGUUCCGCAAGAUCUUCAAGGCCGGUGGUCUUCGAGCGCUUUGGAAGGGCUCGCACAUUGCGGCCCAGCGCACGCUGGUCGGCUCUGCAGCACAAUUAACCGCGUACGACGUGGCAAAGCCUACGAUCUGCCAGAGGAUGGGAUGGUCCCCCUCUGACAUUCGUGUGCAUAUCUGCGCCGCCAUUUUUUCGGCCUCAUGUGUCAUGUGCUUCAUGAACCCACUGGACGUUGUCAUGACGCGCUCCUUUAAUCACCGCGUUGGUGAACCCGUAGUCUACUCCUCAAACCUCGCUGUAGCGACCUGGAAGAUCUACCGCGUUGAGGGCGUGCGUGGGCUGUACAAGGGCUCCAUGGCGCUGUUCUCCCGCUCCGCGCCGCACAGCAUUGCGACAUUCGUGUCGCUGGAGUACCUGCGCAAGCUCCGGGAGCGAUACACAAGCCGGUCGUACACCUCUGGGUCUACUGUGGACAAGUCGAUUGGGUUUCACAGACUCCCUGAUGCAAAAAGUGACAAGCAUACCGCCUAG